CACUGCUUAACUUUUUCUCACCUUGACCUCUAUAUAAUGCAUCAACUACUUGUGUUGCUUCUGUAAGUAACACUAACCAGCUAUUCAUCACUCUUCCUCCCACUUUCUGGUCCCAGCUCCAGAAAUGGCUUCCAAUUCCAUUCUUCUUCUGGCCAUCUUUCUUGUGGUUACCACAAGGGUUUUUUCCCAUGAUGAAGAUCUCAAGAUAGUGACAAGUCCUGCACCUGCACCACCAGUGAAGGCACCAACUCCUGCACCUCCAGUGAAAUCACCAUCUUAUCCUCCAGUGACUACACCAACAACACCCCCUUCUAAGGUGCCUCCUCCUCAAUCCCCAGUAGUAAAGCCACCAACACCAACUCCAACACCAGCACCCCCUUCUCAGCCUCCAACUGUGAAGCCACCUACAUAUCCAUCACCCCCAGUUGUGUCCCCUCCUGUUGCUCCAUCCCCACCAGCUCCUGUGGUGAAAUCAAAGAAGGAUUGCAUUCCACUAUGUGAUUACAGGUGCCAAUUGCACUCAAGGAAGAGAUUGUGCAUGAGAGCAUGCAUGACAUGUUGUGACCGAUGCAAAUGUGUCCCUCCUGGAACUUAUGGUAACAGGGAAAAGUGUGGGAAGUGUUACACUGACAUGUUGACUCACGGCAACAAAUACAAGUGCCCAUAGAUGCAUGCAUAUCUAGUAGUACCUAAGCUUUUGUUUAAGUAAUCAAGUUUGAAUGAUUAUGUGGUUUGAAUUGCUAGUGUAUUUAAUAACCGAGUGAUGAGCAUUAGUUAUAUACAAGUCGUCAUGUUAAUCAAAAUAGUCAACACUAUUUGUGUUGUCUUUAGGAUCGGUGUGGUCCAGGAAGAAAUUUAUAUUCAUAUGAUUAAUAUAAGGAAGUGUUUGUGCUGUACGAAAUUAUGAGGACUACAAUUUAAUUUGAAUAUGACCCUCGUUAAAUUUGAUUC